AUUGCGGUGCAAGUGCAGUUAAUACAACACAGAAACCGAUACAUAAUACACUAUCAUUCUGUUUGACAUAUUAAAAUUUUUUAUUUAUACAUAUUUUUACAUUUCUAUUUUUCAGUUCAGAAUAAUGAAGGAUAAGAACUUUCCACCUCUUAAGAACGAUAACUUAUUAAGAGCUGCAAGAGGAGAAGAUGUAGAUAGGAUCCCGGUUUGGGUAAUGCGUCAAGCUGGAAGGUAUCUACCUGAAUUUCAGGAAGUAAGGAAAGAACAUGAUUUUUUUACAAUUUGUCGAACGCCUGAAUUAGCAUGUGAAGUUACAAUGCAACCUUUAAGACGAUUUGAUUUAGAUGCUUCGAUAAUUUUUUCUGAUAUUCUUGUUAUUCCGCAAGCUUUAGGGAUGACCGUCGAAAUGUUACCAGGAAAAGGACCUCAUUUUCCUGAACCUUUAAAUGAACCUAAAGACUUAGAAAAGCUCACACCAGAAGGGGCUGUGAAUCGUCUUAAUUAUGUUGGCGACGCCAUUACUAUGAUGAGACAUAAAUUAGAAGGAAAAGUUCCAUUAAUUGGGUUUACAGGUGCCCCUUGGACUUUAAUGGGCUAUAUGAUUGAAGGUGGUGGAAGCAAGACCAUGUCAAAAGCAAAGGCUUGGUUAGAAAAGUAUCCAGAAGAUACCGAAAAAUUAUUAAAUUUGCUUACAGAUUGCAUUGUAGAUUAUUUUGAAAUGCAGGUCAAAGCAGGUGCACAACUUUUACAGGUAUUUGAAUCAAGUGCAGAAUAUUUAACAAAGGAACAAUUUUUAUUUUUGUCAAUACCUUAUCUUAGAAGUAUUAGAGAAAAAUUACAAGAUCGUUUAAUAAAGCAAUCUAUUCCGCCGGUACCUAUGACAAUUUUUGCUAAAGGCGCUGGACAUUCCCUCGCAGAGCAAGCUUCAAUAGGUUAUGAUAUAAUUAGCUUGGAUUGGACAGUUGACCCCAUCAAAGCUAGAGAAGCCGUUGGUCCAAAUAUUACACUUCAAGGAAAUUUGGAUCCUCAAGACCUUUAUAAAACGCCUGAAGAAAUAAAAUCAUUGACUAGAGAUAUGGUUAAUAAAUUUGGAAAACGUCGUUAUAUUGCAAAUUUAGGACACGGAAUCACUCCUCAAACUCCAAUAGAAAGCAUGGACGCUUUUGUUAACGAAGUGCAUAAAACUCUUUAGUACAUAAGUAUGUUAAAAAAUUAAUAAAAACAUGGUGUAGGAAUUAAAAAAUAUUAUAUUUUGUCAUAAAUUAGUAAUGAACUUCCUAUAAUCACCAAUAAAC